AUGAAAGAAAAAACGAUUAAACGACUUGUUCUUUCCAUGGGGACUCCCAUCUUUUUCUUACUAAUUUGCAUCUGGAAAUAUUCUUUCGAGACGUUUAAUAUUAACAAAUCCUUCGACACGACAUGCCACCCAGAAAAUGUACCAACCAUGCAAUUGGGCAGAAUACUAACCGGAGGCACCAUCACGGUGCAGUCUCCACCCAUGUAUACCAACUUAAAAGAGAAACCAAUUGAUACACUUGAUGAAAGUAGCGCCGAUUUGUUCAGCAAACGAUUGAACGAGUUAGUACGCGACGAAAAUUUUAAAAAGCAAUAUGAACGCCUCCUCCACGGCAAUGAAUUUGCCCAGAUUCUUUCCGACAUGGUCAUUGAUCAUGAAAAAUUAAAAAAAAAAGGCAUACGAAAUGUGCUAAAUGGGUCUCAUUUUAUGAAUAAUGAUGCCAGCUUAGAUUGGGAAGAAGCCAUAAAAAAACUUUCCUCCUCCUCCGAUAGAAAAGAUGCUGCAGGAAAGUUUACCCAUUCGAAUAGGAAAAAACGCUCACGGAACUUUGGCCAAUCAGACGAAUCUCUUAAUUUGGACAAUUUUGAUGAUGACUGCGCCCAUGUUGAUGACGAUCUAUCCACAUUCACUGGCAGUGUGGAAAGCCUCUUUCUUAAAGAACAGCAGACUAAAUUUCCUCAUCAUCGUCAUCAUUAUUAUGACGAUGACUAUGUUGAUGAUGACCUGUCCACAAAUUGUAGCAGUAUGGGAAGUCUCUUUGAAGAACGAGAUCAUUUCCAUGAUGAUUAUGUUGAUGGUGAUGAUAACCGAUCUACAAAUUUGGGCAGUAUGGAAAGCAUUUUUAAAGAAGAACAACAGCAACAAACCAUAGUUCCCCAUCAUCAUCAUCAUCGUCAUCAUUAUCAUUAUGACGAUCGUGAUCAUGACAUGUCUACGAACUUUGGCAGUGUGGAGAGUAUUUUUAAGGAACCAAAUGAUGACUAUGCUGAUGACGUCUCCACGAACACUUAUUCAUGCAAGAGUGAAUAUACUGGUACGGACUACUACGAUUCCUAUGGGGAUCUCUACCAUGUAGUGGACCAAAAUAAUGAACAUGAAAGGGCAAACGCAAAAGCAGGAGUACAUUUACCCAUGCUAGAUGAACAUUUUAUAGGGGAAUAUAAAAAUUAUAGUAGUUCUAAAAAUUUCCACAAGAGAAAUAGUUUAAAGCAGAAAAUAUACAAACGUAUACCAUUCCUACGCAAGUUCUUUAAUAAAAUCGAUGCUAAACUCGAGUCAGAAAUUAGACGUUAUUUGGACAUUAAGGAGAGAGAAAAGCAAAAUUACCCAGUCAGAAAAGUAAAAGGGACACAAAAAAUUUUUAACUUUCUUAGCAAGUACAGAGUGUUCGUCCCUCUUGGUGUAUUGGGAAUUCUUUCCAUGCUGUUUCUAGUAUUCCUACUAAAAAUGGUAUUCUCUGGCUCAUGGUCUUUAUGGUCCCUUCUGUCCGGAUUAACUGCGUCUGUAGGAACAGUUACCUCCAUAGCACUUCUACCCAUAUACUUUUUAUUGCCCUUUAUUGUCGCUGCUUUGGUCAUUGGUGGAUAUGAUCUUUUGGUAUUGUAUUAUAAGCGUAAAUUAGACAAAAUAAAGCGCUCAAGGGAAGAGUUCGAUAAAUUACUCCCGAAGGGGAAUGGAAGAAAAUUAAGGACCUUUAAGAAGAUUAUCGCUGAUUAA